CGCCGCUCUCGGGGCGUCCGGCCACCGGGGAGGAGAGCACCCGCUCGCCUUUCCGCAGCGCGGAGGAGCCGGCGGAGCGGAGCCCAGCGGGGCCAAGGACAAAAGAAGAGAAGAACAUCAGCGGUUCUCCCCAUUUCUUGACACCAGAAUCGGUAAUUCUCAGCUUUGGUGUGGAUGACAGUAAGAGGACUUGCCUGGUUCUUGAGAAAAAGACAAGAAGAAGACGGGCAAAUUCCAGCCCUUCAAGAAGUUGUUCGGCAGAAGGAAAAAGAAAGAAACUCUCCUGUCCCGGGAGGUCUCCGAGAUAAAGCAGAAUUGCUCCUUCCAGAACGCCUGCAAUGGUGCCUUCUCUUCAGACGAGGAGACCCUUGAUGAUUCUUUAAGGUCCUUCAACUAUACUAUGGGAACCCGGGCGUUUUCCCAUGACAGUAUUUUUAUCCCUGAUGGGGGAGCAGAAAGUGAGCAGACAGUUCAAGCAGUAUCACAGGACAACAUUCUGGGCAAAGUCAAAACUCAUCAGCCACAGUUGGGCAAGAACCUCAAGUUUGGGCAGUCCCCAGCACCCACAGCCCUUCCUAUGAAGAGGACAGACACUCCCAGUCCGGAGGCUAGCUUGGAAGAGGAUCUCUUCCUGAGCAGUCCCAUGGAAAUUGUGACCCACCAGGAUUUAGUGCUCUCUGACAGUGAGAACAAAUCCAGUGAUACUUCAACUUCCUUAAGCCCUUUGAAUUUGCCUGGAACAGGGAGUGAAAUGGAGGAGAAGGCUGCUCCAGUGAAGUCAUCUCGGCCAAAGCGACAUUUCUCCUCCACUGGCACCAUUGAAAGCGUUAACCUGGACGCCAUUCCUCGGGCCGUUGCCCGCCUGGACAACAGCGCAGCGAAGCACAAACUGGCCGUGAAGCCAAAGAACCAAAGGGUGUCCAAGAAGCACAGGAGACUGUCCAAGGACCAACAAAAUGAUCAAGAAAGCUUUGAGAGUCAGUUGUCUCUAGACCAGAAUGGACACUCUGGGGAAGAAAAACAAACUUGGCCUGAAGAAGAACUCCAACCACUUGAUUCUGAAGAAGAGAAAAGACAGCAAGAGGAAUACUGGAGACAUCUUGAGGCUGAAUAUAGAAGGCAAAGGGCGGAGAAGAAGCGCCUAGAAGAGCAAAGGCUUCAGGAAGUAGAGAGGAGGCUUAGGGAAGAGAAUCGAAAACCGCUUCUGGGAGAAGAGAAGGAAGAGGAAGAAAAACUACGGGAAGAGGAGAGGCAAAGGCCUGAAGAACCAGAGGAAAGCGGCCAAAAAGAGGCAAAGCAGGAGCUGGAGGGGAGAAAAAGCUUGGAUACUGAGGAGGGAGCCUGUGGGCGGCAGGAGGUGGAGAAGCCCCUGGAGGAGCUCCAGAGAUCCGAGGGCCUCCAAGAGCAGAGGAAGCAAGAGCCGGAGGCAGCGCAGCUGGAGGAAGUGCACCCAGAGGAAGCUGAGCCACCAAAGGAGAUGGAAGAGGCCCCCUUAGUGCCAGAGCUCUGGAGUCGAGACGGGGCCGAACAGAAGGAGCAAGGGGCUGAAGAGCAAGGACAGAAGGAGAAAGGGAAGGCACUGGAGGAGACAGGUGAGCACGGGAGACAAGAGGCUGAAAAGGAAAGAAUGGAAGAUGAAGAGAAGUCUGGAGGGCCCAAAGGACAAGACUUAGGGGUAGGAAAGCAGAGCAAGCAAGAGUCAGAGAAGCAGCUCCCUACCGAAGAAAGAGAGCGUGGGCCAGGGGAGGUGGGCCGGAAGCAGGACAUCCAAGGCCCUCAGAAGCCUCCCCAAGGCCCAGAAACACCGAGGCAGUCGGGAGCGGACCGGUGCCUGGAGAGCCAAGCACAGGGCCACUCCAAAAAGGAGCCCCAGCAUGAAGGCCGUGAAAGAGACUUGGGGGGCCUGCAAAGAGCGGGGCAGCAAAUGGGAGGCGGCCCUCUGCUCCCAGAGGAGGGAACCCGGCAGGGACAUCCCCUCAAAGAGAAGAAGUGGCCCCUGGAGGAGCUGGCUCAGGUGGAGAAGAAGGAAGCCGCCAGCCUGAAGAAGGACCGGAGAGGAGAGGAGCUGAGAUGGCAAGAGGUGGAGGAAAGGCAGACCAUGCCCAGGCCAUACACAUUCCAGGUAUCAGGGGGAAAACAAAUCCUGUUUCCCAAGGUCAAUCUGAGCCCAGUGACUCCCGGGAAGGAAGCAAAGCUUCCGGGCAUGGCCCAGGAGCCCGAGGCUGCCCAGCCUGGUCAGGCCCCCCAUUCCCUCCCUUCUUCUCUCAGUAUCCCCCACACAGCCAUCUUGGUCACGGGAGCACAGCUGUGUGGGCCGGCUGUCAACCUGCACCAGAUCAAGGACACGGCCUGCAAGACUCUGCUGGGCUUGUCGGAAGAAAAGAAGCUCGCGGAUGUUAGCGCUCCGGAAAGCUCGGUCCGAGGCCCCCCGGAAAGCUCGGUCCGAGGCCCCCCGGAGGCGCGGGCAGCUGGCGGCCGGGCCAGACUUCCUCAGGAAGCGUCCGGCGGCAAGGCUGUCCCGGCAGAAUGGGAAUCCAUCCGUUCCAGGAUCCUUAAGACCGCCGACAACGGCCAGGGUGGCGACCGGGACCCGCUGAGGCAGAGUGGCGAGAGUGGGGCCAAAGGCCGGCGCGACUCCCGGGGAAACCUCAGGAAAACCUUGUCAGCAAACGCAAAAUUCUCCAUCAUGCCCGCCUGGCAGAAAUUCUCUGACGGAGGCGCCGAAGGCCAGAAGCAGAACGCCGAAAGCCUUAGGAACAAGCCUGGGCUAGGGCCCAGCGAGAGGGCGGAGGUCCCGACUCCCGCGGAUGCUAAUCCCGGACCCCAAAAAGCUCCGGAGAGGACUAGGACGCCCGCGGCGGACACCGUGGAGGGAUGCAAAUUUGCCAAAGACCUUCCAUCUUUCCUUGUCCCCAGCUCCCCUCUCGCCCAGCCCGAGGGGGCCGCCUCCUCCGAAAGUGAGGCCGGCGCACAGAAGGCCGAAGCCGGGCUCCCCAGCGGAGAGGAGAGCGCGGCGCCUUUUGGGAUAAAGCUCCGAAGGACCAACUACUCCUUGCGCUUUCACUACGAUCAGCAAGCCGAGCAGUCCAAGAAGAAGAAGAGGCACAGCGCGGGGGACAAUUUUGACGGGGCAGCUCCCGUUCUGAAGAACAAGGACGGGGACAAGGAAGCUGUCCAAGGGACUCCGUCCCCUGGCCAAGAGAGAAAGGAUGAGCCCCUGCAUCUGAGAGAUUCCCCCGACAGCGCCCCCGAUCCUGGGCGCCACCCGGCUGCACCCCUGCUCCCUGGGAGCCGCAGCCCCUCUCUGGACCACGACAAGCCAGGGGCUAAGUCACCCCUGCCGCAGAAGCCGGCCCUGGCCCCCAAACCCGCCAGUCAGACCCCUCCGUCCUCUCCUCUUUCCAAAAUGGGAAGGCCCUUCUUGGCCGAGCUGCUGUCGAGGAGGGCCGCAAAACCCGACCAGGAUGCGGGGGAGAAGCUACAUGGGAGCAAGGACGGCGGGGAGCUUCAGCCACCACCCGGGCCCCACACCGAGAAGGCGAAGGGAGAGGAAGACAUGGCAGAGAAGAAACCUCCUUCUCCAUCCGUGUCCGUCUCCCAGCAAGAGAAACCGGACAGAGCCCUCGAGACCGGGAAAAAAGAAAAGCCUGUGCUUCAGAGCUGGCACUCUUUAGAAGGCUCAAAAUCAAUGGAAAAACCUGAGACUGCCCAACCACAGUGGGUCACAUUAGCACUACAAAAGCAAAAGGGAUUCAGGGAGCAGCAGGCUACCAGAGAGGAGAGAAAGCAAGCCAGGGAAGCCAAGCAAGCAGAAAGGGUAUCUCAGAACAACACUAGAGUCAGCCAGCAGCCUGAAAGCAGCAAUAUUAGCAGAAUAGGUUCCUUCCAUAAAUCUACUGUCCAGGAAGAGGAGAAGAAAAUUGAGACAGCUGUGUCCAGGCUGGAGCGCAGAGAGCAGCUGAAGAAGUCCAACACUCUGCCCACAUCUGUGACAGUGGACAUCUCUGAUUCUGCUAUGCCUGCAUCUCUGGUAAAAGAAGUUCCAAAGAGAUUCUCCACCCCAGAUGCCGCUCCAAUGUCAACCGAACCGGCCUGGCUGGCCUUGGCCAAGAGGAAAGCAAAGGCCUGGAGUGACUGUCCGCAGAUUAUUAAGUAGUCACUUGUGCUUAUCCGUACUGCUUACUGGCAGCUCCUCCUUUGUCCUUUUUAUUUAUUUAUUUUUUUACGUGGGGUGAAGAACUUGAGCAGGAAAAGAAGCAUGUCCUACAGGAUCCAAAAAACUAUUAGAAACUGAACUGUUGUUUCUUUAUGUAAUUCACUAUAAACAAAGCAUUUGCACAACGGUAGGGCUUAAAGCCUUGAGAGACUCCCAAUUCUGAAGACAAAACUAGAUCAGUGGGCUACAGGUAGAGUUCCAGGCCAGUGACCUCUCCCUGUCUCUUCCCCUUCCCAGUAGUAACAAAUACUUAAGCCACUUUUUGACACUUAUUUCCACUUCUUACGACACUCCUUUAAAACUAAGGCGAAACUGCUGGAACUGGAGGGUACCUGCUUUUCUAUAGGUGAUGAGAAGGGCAUCUGUACACAGAAAGCUUUUCCAAAGGUUCCAAGUGUGGAGGGAGCAUCAUCUGGCAGCAGCUAGGAAUGGUGGGGCUCCAGAGCCGCCUCUUUUAUUUCACAUCUCACAGACUUGAGUUUGGAGAAAACUUCCUAUUCUUAUGCCUGAAUCUACAAUUCCAAAUUCCAAAGGUUUAAGCUCCCUGUGAAGAUAGGAGAGGGGACAACAGAAGCAGAAUACCUUCAAAAAUUAGCCCCCAAAGCAACCUUUGCAAUUUGGGGCAUAGCAAAGAAGGGCCAUUGUAAUUAUACUCAUCCAGAAAUCAUCUUGAACUCGACAACAUUAGGAAAAUCACUUUACUAGGUCUUCAGCAGGCUUCCUUAUUUGGGAAAUAAGGUAGGUAAGCAUAGGACUAGAUUUCUAGAGAACUUAUUUAAGACCUUAUGCCCCUGACUGUUAGGGUUCUCUUCAAGAAAUGCAAACUUAAGGUUUCCUAAGUUGACUAUUCAAAUUUGGAGUAUCAAUAUGAUAUAAAUUUCAAAAAUUUUUAUCUUGUUACCUUAAAAAAAAAAUCUUACAAACAUAAACUUUGGAUUUUUUGCUCCUAAAUGUGUACAGAAAAAAAGGAAACUUGAUGGUCUCAAAGUCAGCACUGUAAUGGGCUGGGUUUUUUUUUUUUUAAUUGCUUUCGCAUCUACUGCCUACCAAAAAAGUCAAAAUUUUGUCAUAAUUUUUAAUAUAUGGUACUUCCCUAUUCCCUUUACAUGUAGAUUUUUAUUCCAAAAGAUAUAUUCUGGUCCUUCAGAAACAUUCACAGGAUUCCUGUUAUUAGCAUUCAUCAGGAUUUUUUUUUAAUGUUUACUCUGUAGGCAGUGCUUGAUCAUUAUACCCUUCAGUCUCAAAUACAGAUGAAAGCAUUCCAUCUAACUAGCAUUCUUCUUUCCUCAGUUGUGGCAAUUGGCACGUAUCUGGUAAAUUGAAGUAACUGUGUCCUUACAAGUUGAGUUUAUUUUCAUGCAAACUGGACCAUUGUCAUUCUAAAUUUACAGUUUCAUGACAUGAGAAGCAGUUGAUAUUUUUCUGCAUGUUCUUAACUCAGAUGUCCAUGUUUAAAAAUUAUAGAUGAAUGUAUUUGUUGAUUUCUAUAGUUUACCCACUAAUGUAAUUUUUCUUAAUGGAAAUCUCCAUCAGGGCCCUGAAAUUCUAGGAUAUUAAUUCCUACACUGAAGUGGAUUCUUUUACCUCCAGUCUAUAGGCUUUUGGAUCACAUAAAAGUAGUCAGAGUUUUGUAAGGGAAAGAGGCACAAGUCAUUACAAAGAAUAUCAGGAAGUUCUUAUUGUUUAAAAAGCUUAGAAAAGGAAUAGCUAGAUGGCACAGUGGAUAGAGCACCAGCCCUAAAAUAGGGAGGACCUGAGUUCAAAUCCGACCUCAGACUUUGAACACUUCCUAGCUGUGUGAUCCUGAGUAAGUCACUUAACUCCAAUUGCCUCAAGGAGGGGAAAAAAGCAUAGAACAAAAUUCAGAUGUCAAAAAUUACCAAAAUAUAAAGGACUGCUUAACUACAUGGACCCUAUUUUUAAAAGAAAAUCAAGUGAACAGAGCCUAAGAAAAUAAUGUCAUUUACAGUACUUGGCUUUGAACAAUUUUAAAAUGUACAUGUUUAACAUCUCGUGUAAAAAAAUUUGCACUAAAUACCAAUGAAGUGUUACUUUGCUUUACUUUUGUUGUAAUCAUUUUUGCUCAACGAUUGGGAAUUAUGUUUUUGUUUUUCUAAAGUUAUUGACGAUCUAUUAGAGUCAGUAAAAAUGUUUUUAAAAAUCGAUGACCACUAUGUUGGAAUAUAUUGGGAGGGUUGUAGUGUUUUUUUUUGUUUUGUUUUGUUUUUUACACCUUUAACCAUUUACAAACUCUUCUUUUGAUAAGAUUAUCUACCAUUAACCUUUGUUCACAGAAUUAUGUAUAAAAUUAGAAAACGUGUAUGAGUUUUUGUUUACUUUUUUAAUUUUUCAAGUACAAUUGUUUCUUAUACACAUUAAUUCCUACUAAAUUAUAAUCCAGUCAGUUAUCAGCAAAUGUACAGUAUGAAUUGUGUCUCUUAUUUAGUUUUACUUAUUUCAAAGCAGAAUCUUUAGAAAGCUACAGGUGCCCAGCAAUGUUUUUACCAACAAAAUCAAGUCAAGAGAUGAUAAAAAGAUACAUUACUGUAAUUUUAAUAUUAACUAUAGAUUUCAGUUGUAUAUGGUUUUAAUGUAAAUCAUCCGUUAUGGUUGGGGGGAAAGGGAAGGAGAAGAUCUUUCAAUAAAAAAAAAUCUGUAAGUGC